GUUUCCAUUGCCAUGGAAAGCAGAACCGGGGCAAGGGGGAGGAGGACGACAACCCAGUCUGUCUUUACUGCCGCGGUUUAGACACCCGAAUUGCUCGACGCCAAACUGGGGAAAGGAAGUGACAUUGUAUCAUGCAUGCCACUGAUCCCAGGGGAAACUCCCCUGCUUUCCUACAACCUCAGAAUGGGAACAGCCAUCGAUCUUCAGGUUAUGUACCAGGAAGGGUUGUUCCAUUACGCCCACCACCUCCACCAAAGAGCCAAGCUUCAGCCAAAUUUACCUCUGUCAGACAAGAAGCCCAGGCAACCUUUGCAUUCUCUCCUGAGGAGCAGCGCUCACAGAGAGAAAACCGAAAACAGAAGAGACACAAAAAUACAUUCAUUUGUUUUGCUAUUUCCAGCUUUACAUUUUUUGUUGCACUUGCAGUCAUUUUAGGAAUAUCCUCAAAAUAUGCUCCAGAUGAAAAUUGCCCUGAUCAAAACCCUCGACUCAGGAACUGGGAUCUAAAACAUGAUCCUGAAAAGCAAGUCAUUAUCAAGAAAGGAGAUUGGCUUCGCUUAAACUCAGAUGUUACAGUGAACUCUAUAGUCAUCCAGGAUGGAGGGUUACUUGUCUUUGGUGAUGAUAAAGAUGGAUCCAGAAAUAUUACUUUGAGGACUCGUUAUAUCCUGAUCAAGGAUGGUGGAGCGCUUCAUAUUGGAGCAGAAAAAUGCCGUUAUAAAUCCAAAGCGACCAUUGCCUUAUUUGGCAAAUCGAAUGAAGGUGACAGUAUGCCAACAUUUGGCAAAAAAUUUAUUGGUGUGGAAGCUGGUGGGACCCUGGAGUUACACGGGGCUUGGAAAACAUCGUGGACGUUCUUAGCAAAGAAUCUGCGUUCCUCAGGGCUGACCUCUGGUUCUUAUACUUUUGAAAAGUCCUUUAACCGAGGUCUCAACGUGAGGGUCAUUGACCAGGACACUGCUGAAGUUUUGAUGUUUGAUAGGUUUGAUACCCAUGAGUACCAAAAUGAGAGCAGGCGACUUCAAGAGUUUUUAAAAUCCCAGGAUCCUGGCCGGAUUGUUGCUAUUGCUGUUGGAGAUUCAGCUGUCAAAAGCCUCCUGGAUGAAACUAUCCUGACCAUCCAAAAUCUUCUGGGAAGUAAGCUGAUCAAAGGAUUGAGCUACAGGCAAGCUUGGGCUUUGGUUGCUGUCAUUGGUGGUGGAAGUGCCUCUUGCAAUGAAUCAGUGAGAAAUUAUGAAAAUCACAGCAGUGGAGGGAAGGCUCUUGCCCAAAGAGAAUUUUUCACAGUUGAUGGUCAGAAAUUCGCUGUAACAGCUUAUAGUGAAUGGAAUGAAGGGGUAUCCCUUUCAGGUUUCCAGGUAGAAGCCAUAGAUGGAGUAAAGCUACAUUUGGUGGAUGAUGUCAGCAACUGGAAACCUGGAGACCAGAUUGUGGUGGCAAGCACAGACUAUUCAAUGUACCAAACAGAGGAAUUUACUCUUCUUCCUUGUCCUGAAUGCAACAACUAUGAGGUCAAAGUCAAAGAAACCCCUCAGUUUCUGCAUGUGGGAGAGAUGGUUGAUGGAGUAGAUAUGCGGGCUGAGGUUGGAGUUCUUAGCCGAAACGUGGUGAUCAGAGGAGAGAUGGAACCCUCCUGCUAUGCUGACAACCAGUGCCAAUUCUUCAGCUAUGAUACAUUUGGGGGACAUGUCCAGAUUCAGAAAAAUUUCACCUCAGUUCAUCUUUCCCAUGUGGAACUAAAGCAAAUGGGGCAGCAGCAUCUGGGGAAAUACCCGGUGCAUUUUCACCGAUGUGGCGAUGUGGAUGAUAAAGGAGGUUACAGACCUCAGACUUACCUGGAUGGUGUAUCUAUUCAUCACUGCUUCUCUAGAUGUGUUACUAUCCAUGGAACACAUGGUUUGCUGAUAAAAGACACUAUUGGCUUUGACACACUAGGUCAUUGUUUCUUCUUGGAAGAUGGCAUUGAACAAAGGAAUAUUUUGUUCCACAACCUUGGGCUUGUCACCAAACCAGGCACUCUUCUUCCCACUGACAGGAAUAACACCAUGUGCAUAGGCAUUAGAGAGAAAGUGUUUGGAAAUUAUGUUCCUGUGCCUGCUACAGAUUGCAUGGCUGUUUCAACAUUCUGGAUUGCUCAUCCCAAUAACCAUCUGAUAAGUAAUGCAGCUGCUGGCUCACAGGAUACUGGAAUAUGGUAUUUAUUCCACAAGGAAGCCACAGGGGAAUCCAGUGAAUCACAUGGAUUAACCAAAGCAGAACUUACACCACUGGGUAUUUUUUAUAACAACAGGGUUCAUUCAAAUUUUAAGGGUUUGUUUAUUGACAAAGGAGUAAAAACAUCCAAUGCUAGUGCUUCUGAUCCGAGAGAGUAUCUCUGUUUGGAUAACAGCGCAAGAUUUCGACCUCAUCAAGAUGCAGACCCAGAAAAACCUCGUGUUGCUGCACUCAUUGAAAGACUCAUCACUUUUAAAAAUAAUGAUCAUGGAGCAUGGGUCCGAGGAGGAGAUAUUAUCAUUCAGAAUUCAGCAUUUGCAGAUAAUGGAAUAGGAUUAACCUUUGCCAGUGAUGGAAGCUUCCCUAACGAUGAAGGUUCUAGCCAAGAAGUAUCAGAAUCUCUGUUUGUUGGGGAAAGCCAGAACUAUGGCUUUCCAGGUGGUCAGAACAAGUACGCAGGCAUUGGAGGGAUAGCCAGGAGACUUCGGACUUUGCCUAGGAACAGGACAUUUCCAAUUAGAGGUUUUCAAAUUUAUGAUGGACCUAUUCAUCUUACCAGAAGCACAUUCAAGAACUAUAUGCCAACAGCAGAUAGAUAUAGCAGUGCCAUUGGGUUCCUAAUGAAGAAUGUCUGGCAGCUAACACCCAAGAAUAACAUCUCCCUGGUGAAGUUUGGUGCUCAUGUUUCUUUAAAUGUCUUUUUUGGUAAACCUGGUCCCUGGUUUGAAGAUUGUGACUUGGAUGGUGAUAAGAAUUCCAUAUUCCAUGAUGUUGAUGGCUCUGUAACAAGAUACAAGGACACUUAUGUGGGUAGAAUGGACAACUACUUGAUCAGACAUCCUGACUGUGUUAAUAUGAUCAAGUGGAACGGAAUUAUUUGCAGUGGGACCUAUGCCCAGGUUUACGUGCAGACGUGGAGCAUGCAAAAUCUUACCAUGAUUAUCACACGGGAUGAAUACCCAUCCAAUCCCAUGGUACUGCGAGGGAUUAACCAGAGAGCUGCAUUUCAGCAGUAUCAGCCAGUAGUAAUGCUAGAAAAGGGAUACACCAUUCAUUGGAAUGGACCAGCCCCACGAGCUACCUUUCUUUACCUCAUAAAUUUCAACAAGAAUGACUGGAUUCGAGUUGGCCUCUGCUAUCCAUCAAACACCACUUUUCAAGUUACAUUUAGCAGAUAUCACAGGCAGAAUGGCAUUUCUACCAACAUGGAAGAAUAUGAGCCUGUGCUUUCAAUGGAAGAACUGGAGAGGAAGCCGUCUGACAGGAAGUUCUAUUUCGAUUAUGGCACAGGAUUGCUAUUUCUGUACCUCAAAGCUAAAAACAAUAGACAAGGUCACAGUUAUUGCUCAUCUGAGGGAUGUGAACGGAUCAAGAUACAAGCAACAACUAGCUCAAAAGAGAUCAGUAAUUGCAUGGCUAAAGCUUACCCAAAGUAUUCCAAGAAACCAUCAGUCACGAAGAAGAUGCCAGCAAUGUUAGCUGGAUCCUGUCAAGGCUGUGGUGCUCAUCAGAUGGUGUAUACCAGUGAUCCUCACAAGUUCUAUCUGCCUAUACAGUUCCAGUCACCAAGUAAAGCAGACAUUCAACGUGGAAAUAAAUCCUUCAUCUCUGUCAAUGGCACCAACUAUCCGCUCACAGGUGUGGGUCUGUAUCUCCUUGUUGUGGAUGCCUGUAGUGUUCCUUGCAGAAUAUCUGAAAACAAAUUAUUCUCUUUUGCUGAAGUUGAACGAGUAAAAGAAUAUUUAAAAACAUCAAUUCCCGCAAGGUCAAUUGUUCUCAUGAGCACAAGAGGAGAAAUAAAAAAUCUGAAUAUUUCUGAAGCAUUAGUACAUCUGGGAUUAGCCAAACCAGCUCAUCUUCAUAAUAAAGGAAGUAUAGUAUUCCUGGGAUUCAGUGGAAACUUUAAACCAGCAUGGACUAAGCUGUUUACCAGUCCUGUUGGACAGGGCCUAGGGCUACUUGAAGAAUACAUACCUUUACAACUGGAAGAGUAUGGCUGCGACAAAGUCAACAGUAACCGAAGAAGAGACUUGGAACUUUUAAAGAGAGCUUCAAGAGCACAUUAGAGACUAAAAUGUAACUUAAGUGCUGGGGGGAAAAUGUGAACUAACUUAUUUAAUUUAUGGCAUUUUAAAUGACACUGUUAAAACCUGAGGAAAUCAUUUUGCUGUUUGUGAUAGAAAGAAGCCUGGAUUGACAGCUUCGACACCCGUCUGUGCACCUUCUCAUUGUACAAAAUGUUAAAGAAUCUAUUCCUAUUUGUAAAGCCAGUUUAUUCAGAGUGUCUCUUUUCCCUUUCCCUUGAUGCCCUUCCCUCUCCCUGGCCCCAUCUUAGUUUGUAUUUACUGUAAACAGUUUUCUACUUUUUGUAUUGUGGGGAAACCUGGGGUGUCCACAAGGAUGUCCCUAAAAUUAUUUGGGGGCAAGUCUUGUUGCACCUUGGAUUACUUGAAGUCUGACAUUCAGUUGUUGUGUCUUGUAACUGUUUGAACUCAUCAGGUAACAUGUGGAGAUGAUUCUUUUGUGCCUGCCCUCAGGCAGAUUUUGAGGAUUUUACAUGUUACUGACAGACUUUAUUUUUGUUGUUUUUAAGUGGCAGCUCAGGUGUGGCUCCUGUCCUUGUAUGGACAUGGUCACUUUGUUCACUUUUACACUGAGUUUAUUGUGUGUGUGCGUGCGUGUGUGUGUGUGUGUGUGUGUGUGUGUGUGUGUGUGCAUGUGUGCGCGCAGUUUUCAAAUAGUGAAAUGAACUGGGAAGAAAGGGCUAUUUUUAAGAUAAGAAUUUCUUAACCUAUGAACAUCAGGAGAUUUUUUUUUUAAUUUCAGUAUUAAAGUUUGAAGUUGAUUGGGACCAUUUUGCAGCUUUAAUCCUUAGCCUGCGCUAGCUGUAUAUUUGUGUCUUAUGUGCAGUGCUAAGUUGGAUAUUUACACUAGUUACUCAUAUUUAAUAAUCAGGCUCUUUUCCUGACCUGUGACUUUUCAGAACCUUGGGCCUUGUUUGGGCUACAGUGAUGCUUAAGUCCUUCUGCUCACAGAUCUGCCUAGGAAGCUAGCUACCUCCUGACAUGGUUAUUCCCAAGGGUAAGGGAAUGAGUUUCUGGGUCUAUUCUGAAGCCCCAGAUCUCAUCAAAGAAAUAUAGGAUCAGACCUUUUUAUAGUCUAGGAAGAGGAGGUUAUGCUGAUUUUUCACAGUUUUGAGGUUAAGUAGAACAAAGUCAUAACUGUACCCCCUUUCACUCUCCAUUUAUGUGCAUGACAUGGAUAAUAAGCAGAGUUCCAUGCAGCAAGCUAGACCCUUUAGGCAACAGAUUAUAGGAUACUAGAUUUAGAACUGGAAAGAACUUUAGAGAUCUUCUAAUCCAAACCCUUCAUUUCAUGGAUAAGGAAAUGAAGGGAUAGAGAGUGACUUGCCCAUGGUCACAGAGAUCCUAAUUGUAAGAGCCAGGAUUCAAACCUAGGUCCUCUGCCUUCAAUCUAGUGUUCUUUCCACUGUAUUACACUGCUAAGCCAAUAGGAAAAGGAAUCAAUAGGUGGGUACCUGGGUCCUUUGUCACUGAGUUAAUCAGGUUUUAUAAAUAAAACAAGUGAGGGUAGGGGCAAGUUGGGAUUGCUAGGAGAGAUAGAAGUUAGGGGAAGGGGUUGAACAUUAAUACAUACAACUUCACUUUCUUCAACCAUAUGCAGGGGUGGGCAUGACAGUGCCUUUGAGCAAAGGGGAAAUUGUUGAGCAGCUCUGACUUUUUCUAUUAUUUUACAAAGUAUGCUACCUCAAAGUGCUACCAAUAAAACUUUACCAAUUGUAAAA